AUGGUGUCUUUUACGUCUCUGGGACUUGCUUUGCUCUAUGGAGUGACGGCCGCACUCUCUGCGCAGCAGCGUACUUGUGGGACGACGAUCAACGACGUGCAGAUCCUCGAGAGCCAAAAGCACUUCACCCAACACCGCAGGCCUGCCUCGGCGGGCGUGCUUCGCAAGGCCGAGCCCAUUGAUGUAUACUUCCAUGUCAUACACAGGGACAGGACGCUCGACGGCGGGUUCAUUCCCGACGCGUACAUCAAUGACCAAGUGCGGGUAUUGAACGAGGACUAUGUGUCGGCUGGUCUUAGCUUCAAUUUGAAGAACGUCUCGCGCAUCGAGAAUCCGACGUGGUUCAGCUGGUUGGGUCCGUAUGAUACCAAGUACAUGGAAACUGAGAUGAAGAGGGUUAAUCGACAGGGCGAUGCGGCCGCUCUGAACGUCUACACCGUUGGCUUCCGGUCGGGCUCAGCAGCGGCCCUCCUCGGAUACGCCACUUUCCCAUAUGACUACGCUGCCAACCCGCUCGCCGAUGGCAUCGUCAUGCUCUACUCCUCGAUGCCUGGUGGAAUCACUUGGCCGUACAACCUGGGCAAGACGCUGACGCAUGAGACCGGGCACUGGCUCGGUCUGUAUCAUACCUUCCAGGGCGGGUGCUAUGGCAUGGGUGACCAGGUAGAUGAUACACCUGCGGAAGCGACACCGGCGUAUGGGUGUCCGGUGGGGAGGGAUACAUGUGAUCAGCCGGGGGUGGAUCCUAUUCACAACUUCAUGGAUUACAGCGACGACUCUUGCUUGACUGAAUUUACACCUGGGCAAAUCACCCGGUUGAGGGACCAAAUUGCGACCUAUCGCAAGAUUGUAGAGCAAGAACAAAAACAAGAACAAGCGUAA